UUCAGCCUGUGUUUUUAAGCUCUUGAGUGGAUGUAAAACUAGCUAGGGAGUCGAUAAAAGGACUUAGGCUUGGGCGCGGGUGGCCUGCCGACCCUGGGGCACCCCGGGCUUGGCCAGCUGCCCUCCGGCUUCUGCUUGCUUUCCGAAGUGGGAGACGCUGGGCUGAUAACAGGAAAGGGAACAGACUUCGAUGGCGGCCGAGAUGAAGGAGGGGUCGGAGUCUCCAGCUGGCGACAUGGAGGACAUCAGUGACACCGACAUCAAUAAGCAAGACAAUAACAUGCAGAAAGAACAGAAGAAAGAAGAGAAAUCUGAGAUUCUGAGUUCAGAAAAGAAGCAAACUUCAGUCCAUUUUACCCCCACGAUAAUGGCUUCAGACAGCUCGGUGACACUAUUGUCACGGUCACUUUCCCAAGAGCUGCCUCUCGGCACCUGCCAUAUCGCUAGUCACACCUCGUCACCCUUAGGACCACGGAUUUCCAAAUCCACCCUCCUGAGCUGCUCGCCGGGAGACCUCAGCCUGGACAAGCCUUGCGUAACCAUCACUCCUCUGAUGAAGGAACAGUGCCAGGUGAACUUCGACUCCGACACAUUUGUUCUGGGAGAUGGCGAGGAUUACUUCCUUUCUUUGUUUCAAGAAUCAAAGAAGCUCACGCCACGUCCAUCCCAGACCGACAAUGUGAACAAACACCUGUCUGUGAUCCUGGAAGAGGUCGGCCAGUUCACAUCCAGUUUUCUUGGAGACAUUAAAAUUGCUGAGGUGAACGUCAAGGGCUUGUUUGUGAGGCUCGUUAACACUUCCACUGACAAAGAAGUAGAGAUCAGCAACCACAUCCUCCAACAGAACAUGAAAGGACAGGCGGUCUCAGUGUAUCGAUUCCUUCCCAACAUCGUAAUGCAGGCCAACUGCAUGGUGACGGUGUGGGCAGCGGAGUCGGAAGCAAAGCCCCAGCCACCCACCGACUUUGUCUGGGAGGAGCAGAGCAGGUUCCGAACCAGUCCGGACUGCACAACCAUCCUGUGCAACCCUCAGGGCGAGGCUAUUGCCUGGUACACGCCUAUCCAUUGGAAGCAAGCGUGGGAGAAGCUGGAGACGGAUAUUGAAUUUGAGAGAUGUUCGGCGGUGAUUCCAUCACUGAAAAGCCACAUGUUUGGGUGGACAACAGCAGCUACAUCUUCCAUCAGUAAGGAGAAACAAGAACCAACAAAGAAAGACCUCUCUCCAGGCCUAGAGCAGGUCCACAUCCUUUCCAGAGAACUGGAAAUCCCGCCAAGCAUUUUUCCCACCCGGAGCCCUUGGUGUAACAGUCCGUCCACCCCCCCACACCCCUACUGCUCUCUGAUCAACUCACAGGACACUUUGGUGAGCAGGUGGGGUGCACAGCCCAAGCCUCAGGCAGCAAAGAAGGAAGCAGCCCCAGGGACCAAGAAAAAGAAAUCAAAGUCAGAAGGAAAGAGGAAAUGACUCAACUUAUGAAAAGACAGGGUCUGGUGACAUGGCUUUGGCUGGCCUGGAACUCGAUGUGUGGAAUACUCUGGCCUCCGAUCAUGAGGAUCCGCAUGCCUCUGCCUCCUGAGUGAAACUAACGUGCACAAGGCCUGGCCACCUCUCUGCGCUCUCCAAUUCUCUGACAGACAUUUCUGUCACUUCUGAAUUCAUCAGGCUUUCAUCUUCUUGUUAAAUAAUAAACUUUCUGAGAA